UCUCUGUUUAAUUUUUUAACAGGAGCCUAAUAAAUCAUUAAAAAAGCGGAAGAAGACUGAAACAUCAAGUAUUGGAAAAAGUCAUAGUUUACAGUCGCCAAUAGAAAACUUAUCAAGAGAUUUUAUAAAAAAAUCAUCUCGGAUUGAUUUAAUAAAUAAUGAAGAGGAGAAGGAGAAUGACGAAGACGGUUCUAUGUUUAAAUGGAGUAAAACCAAACUAAUCGAUUUAAUAAAUACUUUACAAAUAGAAAACAAAAAGCUAAGGGAAGAUAAUGCCAGAUUACGAGCAUUAAGAGCUAUUAACGAAGAUUUACAUAAAAUGACUGCCAUGUCAUCUACUUUAUUUAAAGACAUGGAUAAAUUACGCAGGAACAUUGAUUCUCUACGUAUUAAAGCUGAUCAAAGCAGUAACAAAAACAAGAAUAGUGAUAACAUUAAUAAUAAUAAUAAUAAUAUUAAACUAAGUUAUUUAAAUAAAGAUGAACAGAAGGAAAAUAAUAUUAGUCACAAUGCUGGAAGUACUUCGGAGAUUGUUGAAACACAAAGUGAGAAUUCACAGCAGCAGAUAUUAUUAAGUAUUGCUCAUAUAGAGCAACCAGAGAAGUUUCAGGCUAAACCAUCAAUUACUAUAGAAGAUCUCACAGAUUUUGCGGGAAGACAAGUACAGACCGAACAAUGAAAAAGACUCAGUCGCAGUAAACUAUCUUUAUUCACAGCUUCUGUGAUGGAUCUAGUUUUCACAGAUGAGGAAAUGGCCAAUUAUAGUAUGACUGGAAUAAUGAGCAAUUUCUCUCGAGGAAAAACUAAACUCCAUGCAGAAGAUGUGAAGGCCAAGCCAGAGCUGAAUCCUCCUGUGAAAAACGCAGUGAUGGAAUACAUUCUAAAGGAAUUUGAUUGUCCUACAGAAGGGCCAUUAAACAAGGCUGCAAUAGCAGAAAUUUUUAAAGCAAUGAAAAGUAAAUUAAAUAAUAAAUCAAAUAUAUGGCGUAACAAAAAUAAACAAAUAUCAAUGGGACCUGCAGUUAUUCAAUAACAGCAAGAUAAAAAAAUGGAAGAUUCUGCAUAAGAGCGUGACCUACAAAUAGUAAAAAAUAUAUCAAUAUAUUCUUAUAUUUUCUUUAAUU